AUGAAUUACGUCUCCAUCCUCCAGCCGGGCGUCCAUAUUCAUUUCUUUCACACACUGCUGCCACAUUCUUUGAUUUUCAGUAUGGGUUUUAUUAGUCAUUCGUUGAACACUUUGGUUGUACUUGUUGCAACCACCCCCUUUGUUUCUGGUCGGUCUUUACCACAGAGGCAUACUUUCAUACCCAGACAAGCUUCGCCCGGUUUCUCCGGCUGCUCAUAUCCCCCUGGAUGGCAAAGUUGUAACGAUGCCAAUAAUCGAGGUUGUUGGGUGAAAGACCCCAACGGCAAGCAGUACAACAUCAAUACAGAUUAUGAGGAUGAGACGCCACUCGGCAUUGAGAGAACCUACGACAUCGAGAUUUCGGAGCAAAAACUAUCCCCUGAUGGAACUGAAAAGACCCUUGCAAAGGUCAUCAAUGGAAAGUAUCCAGGAGAGCUCAUCGAGGCGUGUUGGGGAGAUACCGUCAUUGUCAAUGUGAAAAACUCCCUUCCAGACAACGGAACAACGAUCCAUUGGCAUGGCAUCCGGCAGUUGGGCUCUAACGAGAUGGAUGGUGUCAAUGGCGUCACCCAGUGUCCUACCGCCCAGGGUGAUACCUUCACGUACAAGUUCAAACUGACUCAAUACGGCCAUUCUUGGUAUCACAGCCAUUACUCUACUCAGUAUGGCGAUGGCGUAGCUGGACCACUUCUCGUCCAUGGUCCAAACAGUGCUGACUGGGACGAAGAAUGGUCGCCAAUUAUUGUCUCCGACUGGCUUCACACCUCUGCGUUUGCGGCAUUCCACCAUGAGCUUGUGGGCCCUCCCUUACCUCAAGCCGACACGAUCCUCGUCAACGGCACUGGCCAUUUUAAUGGCCAAGGCUCAUAUUUCAAUCAAAAGUUUGAAGCUGGAAAACGCUACUUGAUUCGAAUUAUCAAUGGGAGUGUCGGACUACACUUUCGUUUCUCCAUUGACAGCCAUGUCCUCAAAGUCAUUUCUACCGACUUCGUCCCUAUCAAGCCAUAUACUACCACCUCAUUGUCAGUCGGCAUUGGCCAGCGAUAUAGCAUCGUUGUGGAAGCGAAGCCGGACACACCCAGCAGCAAUGGGAAGUACUGGCUUCGGACUGAAUAUAGCAGUGCUUGUAAUAACGAGAUUAUCGACGUCCCUAGCAACAAUCCUGAUCGUCAACGAACUGGAAUCAUCAGCUACACUAACGCCAAUGGUACUGGUGACCCAACGACUACCCGACACCCGGACGCUGUUGGAUGCGCAGAUGAGCCUGCAAGCAGUCUGGUCCCCAUAGUUCAGUGGACAGUUGGUACCCCACAGAACAACAUCACGAACGAUACGUAUCAGGCUGGUCUUGACCUUAGCAAAAAGUUUCACGGAGAUGUCAAUCGAUGGGACAUUACGGACACCCCGAUGUGGCUGAACUUCUCGGACCCAACGAUAAUGAACCUGAAAAAUACCUCUUUCAACCCAGAGUACGCAGUUGUGGACUACAACUAUCAUGACGGAAAUAAUUUCGUAUAUAUGGUUAUCACAUCUGGAAAUUUCAAGGCAGGGACCUUGAAAGUCCCUGCUUGGCAUCCAAUUCACCUUCACGGUCAUGACUUCUCCAUUCUUGCACAGAGCACCUCGAAAUGGGAUCCAGUAACCGGUCCAAGCACGUUUCAACUUACAGACGCUCCGCGACGAGAUGUAGCGAUGCUUCCAACGGGCGGCUACUUAGCUAUCGCAUUCAAGCCUGAUAACCCUGGAAUUUGGCUGCUCCACUGCCACAUUGCAUGGCAUGCAAGCUCAGGCCUUGCACUCCAAAUCAUGGAACGCCAAUCCGAGAUCGAAAGCAGAAUCGGACCGCUAGAUCAGCAGCGGGGUGGAUGUGCCAAGUGGGAUGAUUGGCUGAGGACACAUUCUGAUGUGUUUGACCCGCUCAAAAUGCAAGAUGACUCUGGUAUUUGA